AUGGUUCAGGAUGCGGCAAGAACUGUUUCUCUGCAUUGUUCAGACGAUGGACGCACGCAACAAGUACUUCUAGUAGUGGGCUACGGCACCACGGCGAACAUGUUCGACGAGUAUCUUCACGCCGGGGAUAAUACUGGGCGGGAGUUUCUUGCAAAUUUUUGUGAGGGCGCGGUUGACACCUUAAGCGCAACAUAUUUGUACAAGUCGUAUGCCGCUGAUUGCCAGUUCCUGAUGGAGAUGCACAAGAGGGUGCGCGACUUUCCUGGAAUGCUAGGGAGCAUAGAUUGUAUGCACUGGGAGUGGAAGAAUUGCCCGACAACGUGGAUAGGCCAAUUCACCAGUGGGUAUAAGGGUACCCACCCGACGAUGAUCCUUGAAGCCAUCGUUGACCACCGUCUUUGGAUCUGGCAUGCUCACUUAGGCAUGGCCAGGUCAAGCAACGAUAUCAACGUGCUGAACACGUCGAGUCUCUUCACCGAGCAAUGCAACGACAACGGUCCGGUUAUCGAAUUCACUGCCAACGGACGACAACAUCAUAUGGGUAUUACUUAG